UUUUUCCUUUAAGUUUAACUGGUCGUUCGACACUUAGUUUUUUAACAUUUGCAACAUUUUUGUUUAUGGUAAUUAAUGGGUUGUUGAGCAAACAAAUAUUUUUAAGAAGGCACAUUCCUCUAAGUUCUUAUGUGUUAAUUACUCUAAUAUUUUUUGUUGUCAGUUUAGCGAAUAAUUGGGUUAUUGGAUUGGGCGUUCCUUUCCCCUUAAUUAUUGUUUCACGCUCUGGUACCCUAGUAGCUAACGUCCUCUUAACCUUUCUACUUCAAAAUAGAAGGUAUUCGACUAGCAGGAUUGUUUCAAUCUUGGCUGUAACCUUAGGGAUAACUUGCUUCACGUUGUAUAGUCAACAACCUACUUUAAAUGAAGAAGAAAAUAAUUUUGGGUUCCCCAUAUUAUUUUUUGGAAUUUUAAUUUUAUUCCUAACAAUGUUUGCUUCGGCCUAUUUGGGUAUUUUACAAGAAAACAUUUUUGCUAAAUAUGGAAAAUAUCCAGAAGAAAUGAUGUUUUAUGUGGUAAAUAAUUAAAAAAUUAAGAAAAUUAAUUUUAAAAUUUAUUUUUGGCAUCUCCUCUCACUCCCCCUUUUUGUUUUUGUUGGUAAUGAAAUUUGGAAUGAUUUUAAUUUUUAUUGGAAUGCUUCAAAUAAAAUAUUAAUGUUCGGAUUUGUGGGUGCUAUUAUUUGUUUACAGUUAAGUUUUUUUAAGUUUGUAAAAAUGUUUCAAGUUUGCGAAUAUUUUGUAAUUUCCGGAAAAGUUUUAUUUUCGUU